AUGGUUCAGACGUUAAGUCAUUCCAUCCCUACCUCUGCUGCAACUGAGGCCCCCGCCUCCGCCUCGUCGUCUUUUCCUCUCCUCACCACCUCCGCGAACGCGUUCAAAACGACCAAGUCCCCCGCGAAGCAGCCUCCACGGCCUGCCGCUCUCAAACCUACCGCCCCUCUUCCUCCUCCUCUUCCUCCUGCUCCUGCCUCCCCUGUGAAGCAAGGAACCAACGACACAGAUGCAGGCGGAGCAGGAUCAAAGGAUGGGGGCGAUGGGGAUGCUGGCAGUGCUGCAGGGGUCAGCGGGGGGGGGAAUGACACCAGCGUGUCCAACGUGACCAGCAGCCCGCCGAAACCGCUCAAGUCUCCGACUAAGCCGUCCAAGAGUCCGCAUAAGCCGGCCAAGUCGCCCAAGCCGCGGAAAUCCCCCAAGCCUCCCCCGACUUUCAAGUCCCCCAAGUCUCCCCCCAAGCCUUCCGCCAGUACGCCAUCCCCGCCUGCUGUUGUCGCUGCUGCUCCGCCUGACCCUCCCUCCCCGCCCUCCCCGUCACCCUCGACCAAGGCCCCCAAAUCACCCACACCCUCCAGCCCACCUCCUCCCAACCCAAUCAAGAGCCCUCCUCCGGUCAUCAAACCGCCUAAGAGCCCUCCUCCGGUCAUCAAACCGCCUAAGAGCCCUCCUCCCCCUAUUGCUCCACCAUCUCUACCCCCACCUAAGCCCCAAAAAUCUCCUCCUCCCCCCACCCUCUCGCCAUCUCCACCCUUAAAUAAGACCCAACCCCCUCCCAAAUCUUCACCCCCUCCUAAAUCCCCUCCCCCUCUCAAAUCCCCGUCCCCUCCCAAAUCCUCACCGCCUCCCAAAUCCCAACCCCCUCCCAAAUCGCCGCCCCCUCCCAAAUCGCCGCCCCCUCCCAAAUCGCCGCCCCCUCCUAAAUCGCCGCCCCCUUCCAAAUCCCCGCCUAAGGGGGGAGGAGGGGUUGCGCCAGGGGGGGAUGGGGAGGAAGAGGCGGAAGGGGAAGGGGAAGGGGAAUGGUACGAUCUACCUCCCAGCGUGCCGUCGGCCAGUAAGCCGGUGCCACCUGGCACGGGUGGCGUGUAUGACGUGAGGAGCUUUGGGGCGAAGGGGGACGGGAAGAGCAACGAUGGGAAGGCAAUCGAAGCAGCUUUUGCCGCCGCAUGUGCUGCGUCCCUCAACAGCAGCACAGCAACCGGAGUAGGAGGAGCAGCAGAUGGGGGUAAAGACCAGGUUGCCCCAACGGUGCUGAUUCCGGGUAAAUACACCUUCCACAUCAUGGGUGUUUCCUUCCUUGGCCCGUGCGGGCCUUCAGGCGUGAACGUGCAGCUGGAUGGAAACAUCACCGUGCCUCAGAACCCAAAGAUCUACACCGUUCCCAAGACUGGCCCCUUCACGAUUCUCUACUUUAAGGGGAUCACAGGGCUGAAGGUGUAUGGGAGCGGCGUGGUGGACGGGCGAGGGCAGCUGUUUUGGGAGCAGAAGGGGAAGGGCGAUCGGCCCAUGCUGCUGUACUUUUUCCGAUGCAACCAGACCGUGCUCAGUGGCAUCACUGUCAGGAACGCGGCCUUUUUCCACGUGCAGGUGUUUCGGUGUGCCAACAUGCGCAUCUUUGAUUUCCGCACAGACUCGCCGGCAGAGAGCAUCAACACGGACGGCAUCCACAUCUCCUCCUCCUUCAACAUCGACAUCCGACGGUGCACGCUCGGGGGGGGUGAUGACAACGUGUCCAUGUGGGACGGCGCUGUCGGCGUGACUAUAUCGAAUGUCACGUGCCUCACAGGCCAUGGCAUCUCCAUCGGAGCACUAGGAAGCGGCACGGUGUAUCCUGUCUCUUGCGUGUCGGACAUAUCAGUGAGGGACGUGCGGUUCGUCAACACCAAGAUAGGCCUGCGCAUCAAGACGUUCCAGGGUGGUGCAGGGAAGGCCACCAACAUCAUGUAUGACGGCAUCUCCAUGGAGAACGUGCGGUAUCCAAUCGUCCUCGAUCAGAUGACACCAGCCGCCGUCAACCCGCAUCGAAAAAACGACCACGUUUUUUCACAGGGAGACCGCGCUAAGAAGAGGCGGCUACCAAACGGUCACGCUUACGAAGCAGUCCCGUUGGAUCCUGACGUCUUCGAGAUCGACGGCGAGAUCAUGUACGAAUCGGACGGCAAGAAGCGAAAGAUCUCCGCGGCGAACGGCGGGAAACGAGAGGAGUCUGGCGUUUCCAAGAUGGACGGCGACUGCACGGGUCCCAAUGAAAUCGGUCGGAAGCGCAAGGCUCUGACAGAAAUCAUCCACCGUGACGACCCAGGGAGCGUUUCGGAAGCCGUACGCGGGGUUCUUUCUAGGGGCGAGAGGAGAUCUCUUAGACGGGAGAUUAGAACGGAUCUGAAUACGGUGCUGGCUCUAGGUCGGAGAGUAGACGCUCGUGAGAAUAGAUUGAUGCAGGAGCCGCAGGUUAUCCUUAGUGACUCGCUUGGGGACCGGAGGGUUCGCAGAUCGGAAAACGGAGGAGCCACGGAGCUUUCGUCUGCAGGACAGCCGCUCGACGGGGGCUUAGGGGAGACAGCGCAGAGCGGGGGGCCCUUGGCGGUGGGAGUGGCGCAGCAACUCCACCAGCACCACCGAAAGGGGAGAGGGGCUGCUGGCGGGGAGAGAACACCAGGCGGGAAGGAGAAGCGGACGCCGAAGGCGAAUACAACGUACAUACACCCCGACUUCCUGUCCGCGGCCGAUAAGCUUCCGCCGCCAGAGAAGGGGAAGUCGAAGUCGUCUAGUCAGAAGAAGGGCGGGGGGAAAGGGGUAGAGCAGAAAGAUCCGCGUAGGCAGAAGGUCGAGUCCGCACGGGCGAAGCGGAUGGCGGAUGCGUUCCGCAUGUGCGGUGCGCUGCUCAAGCGAGUUAUGUCGCACAGGUUCUCGUGGGUUUUCAAUGUCCCUGUAGACGCGGAGAAGCUUAAGUUGCACGAUUACCACACGGUUAUCAAGAAUCCUAUGGAUCUGGGCACUAUCAACACGAGAUUAAAGGCGUCGGGUUACCAGCAUCCCGACGAGCUCCACAACGAUGUGCUGCUCGUUUGGUCCAACGCCAUGACUUACAACGGGGAAGGCAAUGACGUGUAUCACAUGGCGGCGGAGCUGAAAAACAUGUUCGAGCAAGGGUACCAAAAGGUUCAGCAGAAGCUGGACGAGGAUGCAGUUAAGAGGCGACAGGAGGACGAGUUGCUGGCAGCGGGAGGGGGUCUACCAGAUCCCAGGGACAAGUCGGAAGUGCUAGAGUUGGAGAAGCGGUUACAGAAGUUAGAAUCGCAGCUUGUGGCGAGUACUAAGGCGCAACAGCAGCAAGGGAAGGCCAGAGGGGGUCAGGCUAAGCCGCGAGCGGCUGAUACGAAGAAGAGGGACAUGACGUUUGCAGAGAAGCAGAAGCUGAGUGUUAAUCUGGGGAAGCUGCCUCCGGAGAAGCUAGACAGGAUUGUCCAAAUUAUAUCGGAGCGCAACCCGGAUCUGAGUCAGAACGCAGACGAGAUCGAGCUUGACAUUGACUCGCUGGACAGUGAGACGCUGUGGGAGCUGGAGAGAUACGUGGCCAACUGCAUGAAGAGCAAGAGCAAGCGGAAGAAGCUCCCUCUUUACGAUACUGUGCAACCCAAGGGCGUGGAUGCGUUCCCAGCAAGCUCAGCAGGAGACCUUAAAGAAGGUGAAGACAGCAUCGACAUUGGGGACGAAGGGCCUUUGCCUGCGCAGCCAGCAGGCCCCUCUAGGCCGGAGCCGUCAAGGGCGUCAGCAGGGAAUGGAGCACAAGGCGGAGGGGCUGCCUCUGACUCCUCUGGCUCGUCAGGCUCCAGUGAUGACAGUUCCUCAAGUGAGAGCGACUCUGGGAGUGAUUCUUCGAGCAGUGAUUCAGACGAGAUCCAGUCAAGAGAUGCUGGCUCAGAGGCUUCCCCUGACAAG